GGUGAUUCAAAUGCACAAUUUAAUCUUGCAGUUAUGUAUGAAAAUGGUGAAGGAAUAUUACAAGAUUAUUCAAAAGCAUUUGAAUGGUUUUUAAAAAGUGCUGAACAAGGUGAUUCAAAUGCACAAUUUAAUCUUGCAGUUAUGUAUGAAAAUGGUGAAGGAAUAGUACAAGAUUAUUCAAAAGCAUUUGAAUGGUUUUUAAAAAGUGCUGAACAAGGUUAUUCAAAUGCACAAUUUAAUCUUGCAUUGAUGUAUGAUAAUGGUAUUGGAAUAUUACAAGAUUAUUCAAAAGCAUUUGAAUGGUAUUUAAAAAGUGCUAAACAAGGUGAUUCAAGAGCACAAUUUAAUCUUGCAUUGAUGUAUGAAAAUGGCAAAGGAGUAGAACAAGAUUAUUCAAAAGCAUUUGAAUGGUUUUUAAAAAGUGCUAAACAAGGUGAUUCAAAUGCACAAUUUAAUCUUGCAUUGAUGUAUGAAAAUGGCAUUGGAAUAUUACAAGAUUAUUCAAAAGCAUUUGAAUGGUAUUUAAAAAGUGCUGGACAAGGUUAUUCAAGAGCACAAUUUAAUCUUGCAUUGAUGUAUGAAAAUGGUAUUGGAAUAUUACAAGAUUAUUCAAAAGCAUUUGAAUGGUAUUUAAAAAGUGCUGAACAAGGUUAUUCAAAUGCACAAUUUAAUCUUGCAUUGAUGUAUGAAAAUGGUGAAGGAAUAUUACAAGAUUAUUCAAAAGCAUUUGAAUGGUAUUUAAAAAGUGCUGAACAAGGUGAUUCAAGAGCACAAUUUAAGCUUGCAGUUAUGUAUUAUAAUGGUGAAGGAAUAUUACAAGAUUAUUCAAAAGCAUUUGAAUGGUUUUUAAAAAGUGCUGAACAAGGUAAUUCAAGUGCACAAUUCAAAAUUAAGGCUUUAAAGAUGGAAUAACAUAAAAUCCGUUAACC